GGAAAAGAGCUGUGCACGCACGGACGCCCAUGUGGUCGCGCGUGCAGUUUCCUGAGCUGGUCCGGUGUCGCGGAGAGGAAGACGAGGAGCAGAAGACUCUCUUUAUUCUACUUUAGUGUUUAUUUCUCAGAUUAAACAUGAAGCCUGGUUUCAGUCCCCGUGGAGGUGGUGGUGGAGGUCGGGGUGGAUUUGGAGGAAGAGGACGAGGUGGAGACCGAGGAGGAAGAGGCGGGUUUAGAGGAGGACGAGGUGGUGGAGGUGGAGGCUUUAGGUCUCCGGGGGGUGAUGGAGGGUUCCGGGGCCGUGGUGGAGGAGGAAGAGGGACCCCGAGAGGACGCGGGGGCAGAGGAGGAGGAGGGUUCAGAGGAGGAAAGAAAGUGACUGUGGAGCCACACAGACAUGAGGGUGUGUUUAUCUGCCGUGGGAAGGAAGACGCUCUGGUGACCAAGAACAUGGUGGUGGGAGAGUCUGUGUAUGGGGAGAAGAGGAUCAGUGUGGAGGAUGGAGAGACCAAGAUCGAGUACAGGGCCUGGAACCCGUUCCGCUCCAAACUGGCAGCUGCCAUUCUGGGAGGAAUCGAUCAGAUCCACAUCAAACCCGGCGCCAAGGUCAUGUACCUGGGAGCGGCGUCAGGAACCACCGUGUCUCAUGUCUCCGAUAUCGUUGGCCCUGACGGCUUGGUGUACGCAGUGGAGUUUUCUCACCGCUCCGGCCGAGAUUUACUCAACGUGGCUAAAAAGAGAACCAACAUCAUUCCCAUCAUUGAAGACGCCAGACAUCCGCACAAAUACCGCAUGCUAGUUGGGAUGGUGGACGUCAUCUUUGCCGACGUCGCUCAGCCAGAUCAGACGCGUAUCGUUGCUCUCAACGCUCACAACUUCCUCAAAAACGGUGGCCAUUUCGUCAUCUCCAUCAAGGCAAACUGCAUCGACUCGACGGCGUCGCCCGAGGCUGUGUUCGCCUCCGAGGUGAAGAAGAUGAGUGCCGAGAACAUGAAACCUCAGGAGCAGCUCACACUCGAGCCGUACGAGAGAGACCACGCCGUGGUCGUAGGGGUGUACAGGCCUCCGCCGAAACAGAAGAAAUAAGGACACAGCUGUGUAAAUUUGUUUGGACGUUUUUCCGUUCCCACUGAAACACACUGCCUUUAAGCCUCAUCUGCUUUCUACAGCUCUGUGUCUGUCUGUCUGUCAGUCGUCAGUGGAGGUGAAGAACUUCUCCAGUACAUCAGUGUUGAAGUGACCCGUUUCUCGCCUGCGUUAUCUCCAUCAGGAAGUUCUUACUCUGUAUUAUAGAAUAUUAAACUAUAAGUCUCUUAUUUCACCGUGUCCAAAAUUGUCUGUGGGAAAGGAAAUGAUUUCUGUUGGUUGUGUCUGUAUGGACUCAUGGUUUUGUUUUUGUUUUUUAAUUAAAUAAUCUGAAACACC